CUUCUUCUUCUCACUCGUUUCUUAUUCAUCUAAACCUUAAACCCUAACCCUCUAUCAUGGCUUCCGGGAGGGUAAGCACCGAGACGGUGGCGAAAGCCGUCGACGCUCUCCUGAAAUGGCGUCGCUCCCAAUCGGAGACUCAAAAACCCAAGCUCUUCGACGAGGACGAGGAAUUCGUGUACCUAAUCCUGACGAUGAAGAGGAUUCCGUCGAACUCUCGCGUGAACCCUCACAAGGUCCCUCUCCCGCACUCGCUAAUCUCUCCGUUCUCGGAGCAGUGCCUGAUCCUCGACGACAGGCCCAACAAGGCCCGCGUGACGAAGGCCCAGGUCCAGGCCAAGAUCCAGGCCGACUCCAUUCCCGUCGCCAAGGUCCUCAAGCUCUCGAAGCUCGCCUCCGAUUACCGCCCCUUCGAGGCCAAGCGCAAGCUCUGCGACUCCUACGACCUCUUCUUCGCCGAGAAGAGCAUCGUUCCGUUGCUUCCGCGGCUUCUCGGGAAGCACUUCUUCAAGAAGAGGAAGAUUCCCGUGCCGGUGGAUUUGAGCAAGAAAAACUGGAAGGAGCAGGUGGAGAAGGCGUGCUCCUCCGCCAUGCUGUUCAUGCGGACCGGCACGUGUAGUGUGGUUAGGGUUGCGAAGGUGAGGAUGGAGAGGGAUGAGAUUGUGGAGAAUGUUGUGGCGGCGGUUGAGGGAGUUGUGGAGGUUGUGCCGAAGAAGUGGGCGAAUGUUAGGUCGCUGCAUUUGAAGCUGCUGGAGAGUGUGGCGUUGCCUGUGUACCAGGUUGUGCCCGAUGUGAAGUUGAAGAUUGAGGGGGUUAGCGUUGAGGAUGAGGCAGAGGUUGGGGCCAAGGAGAAGAAGAGGAAGAAGGGGAAGGAUGGUGAUGUUCGUGAGAAGAAGAAGGGGAGGAUUCAUGAAGUUAGGUAUAUGGAUGAUAGUGUUGGUGAGGAGAAGAUUGAGAAUGGUGAUGGUAGUGAUGAUGAAGUGGUGGAUAAGAAGAGGAAGAAAGGGGUUGCGAGUGAUGCGAGUGGCGGUAAGCGGUUGAAGAAGAAAGUGUCUAGUGCCACUAAGGAGAAGAAGAAGAAGGGAUUGUCUGGUGAGAAGGGGGUUAAGGAAGAUUUGGUUGUUAAGGAUGAGGAGGCUGGUGAUGAUAGUGAUGAUGAAAUGGUGGAUAAGAAGACGGAGAAAGGGGUUGCGAGUGAUUCCAGUGGUGUUAAGCGGUUGAAGAAGAAAGAUUCUAGUGCUACUAAGGAGAAAAAGAAGAAGGGAUUGUCUGGUGGGAAGGGGGUUAAGGAGGGUUUGGCUGUUAAGGAUGAGAAUUCAGGGGUGAAGAAGAAGAGAGGGGAUGUGGAGGUGAAGGCUAAGAAAAGUGUGAAGGUUAAGAGAAGUAAGAAGGCUGCUUAAGUUGAAUGUUGUUGUUCAUUAUUGUUUAAUGUUAGAAUUUGCUGCUGGAUGAGGCUCUGUGCAAUACUGUGUGGUUUUCUGCAUCGAGUCCUCGGGCGGAUUUUUGUUUAUGUCGGUUCGAUUUUGUCAUUUACUAAUUUAAAUUUUGCUAUACUUGAGGUUUAGAAUGGUUCUUAAAUGGGUGAAAUCAAAAUGUUGCAUCCCCAUGAAUUUAUUAUACUUUAAUUAUCUAGGUAUUGCAUGUUGGAGAUCAGCUUAGAAAUUGAUAGGAGAAUUCUGAGAACAAAUUAAUACUUUCAGUGGGUUGAGGAUGGUUUCCUAUUCUCGCGCACUGCAUAAUUUUUUCUGUUUUUUCUGAUGUAUUCUAGCAAUAUAUCUAAAAUUUCAUAUCUUUGUUUUCUUUCAA